GGAGUCGUCGGUCGGUUUAACGCCAGCUACAAUCGUAACCCGGACGAAUCUGUCAGUAAAGUGGCUCUUCGGCGGUCGUGACACCCGAAACUUGCGUUUAAUAUUUUUGCCGGUCGUGAAUGGUGCGCGAUUGUGAACCGAACUUACACGUGAAUAAUGUCGAUGUUGACGUACAACGGCUGUUCCGGUGGAACCGUGGACACAGAGAACGGUUCACCAGCCGAGUCUUUGCUCUCUGCCGAAGGAGAACUUGCCGAAGAGGUCGGGGAUUCACCAGAAACACCCAGAGACACUGAAGAGGAGGCGACAUUGUCCGAUGAAUUUUACUCGCACGACACCGACGAAGAAGACGAUCAAGGGAAGAAGCGACGGGAUCGGACUAACUCCCUAGACGGUAUUUCGCCCACGGGAGGUAGUCAUCUUGGAUCGCCGACGCUUCGUGUCGGAACCUUAGGCGUUCGAAAAUUAUUUACAAACAGUAGAGAACGUUGGAGACAGCAAAAUGUCAGCGGCGCUUUCGCCGAACUUCGAAAAUUGGUGCCUACCCAUCCUCCGGACAAGAAGCUGUCUAAAAAUGAGAUUUUACGAUUGGCGAUACGGUAUAUAAGGCUGUUGAGCAAUGUCCUUGAAUGGCAAAAAGCGCAGGACCGUAACGAGAUCACUCAACACGAGGUGCGAAUUAAGUGUGAGCCAGCGUUCAAUGCCCAAAACUCGACAGCCUACACCAGCAAACCGUCGGUGACUUUCCUGAAGCAAGAGAAGCACGCCGCCGAAAACCACAACACCUACAGAACGAACUUUCCCGUGCAAAAACAAGUACAACACCCGGUGUCACAUAUUACGUGCGACAAAAACGGCAACAACCUGCUAAUGAUCGCACCCGGUGGUCACAACAUCACCACCACGGUAAAUAGAAGGAGCGCGACACCUUCGACCAUCGGCCAGAACAAUUUCUCACCUGGUCCGCUGACGAAUGGAAGCCUGAUCCGGCCACCACGACCUACGGCAUUCCCGAAGUCGCCUCAAAUCGGCGUGCAAGCUAUGACCGGCCCUAACAUCUUGAACUGCUCCCAGAGCUCGCUCUUGAACAACAACAACAGCAGCAACAGCAGCAGCAGCAACAACAACAAUAACAACAACACCAACAACAUCAACAACAACAACAACGUCGUGGCCCCGGCGAACGUGUCGAGCUCAGAAGGUCCUCAGAAACUCCGUGGUCAGAAGAGGUUGAAGAUAGAGAUGGAGGACGAUGAACAGCCUGGUCAGGGAAGAGACUGCACUUUGCCUUCGUCUGGCCACAACAGCGCGGUUCGUAAAAGAGUGAAAGUUACCUUCGUCAAGGACUCGAAUCCGCCUUACCGUGGUGACUUCCGGAACCCCGACCGGAAGUAGAAGAGCCGGAAACGCGAACGUUGGAACAGCGGUGUCGGUCGUGACUAUUUUCUACGAAUAGGCGAUCGACGUUCUUGAAAGUAGUAAUGCUAAGCGCCGAUCUUGACUUCGGGGGGAUCAAGUUUUCGCGCUGAGAACGUUUGAAUGUGUUCGCCCUUUUUUCUUUUAAUAAGAAGGAUUACAACGUUUGUUUACGGUCAGAAUGUGUGUGUGGACAGAUAAAUUAUAAUAUAAACUAUAAUUAGUGAGCUUGUGCCAUAAAUGUGCUGGUCUUGGGAAAGCAACUUUGUUUAAUACAAUGCCGUAACGAAUAUGCGAAACGCAAUAGGUUUAAGAAGUAUUAAUAUUCAGAUAUGCAACGUCGCAGUUAUAAAUCGUCGUAGAGAGUCGACAGUGGUAACAGAGAGCAGAAAGAUGCAUUAUUUAUGUAAUGUUGUGCUGAAGAAGUAAUAUUUUGUUUCUUUCGAAGGUGUCCUUGCGGCGUAAAGAUUCGUUUCUGACGUACCUAACGAAGCUAAUUCAUUACACCAAAUUAAAUUCCGCAAGUAUACAGUGAUUACAGCUUGAAAACAUUUUUGAAAGUUGAUAACAAAAGAAGUUUUAAAAUAAACGACGGGUCCUUUUUAUUUGAUCAUUAACAUACCGCAACAGAAUGUUCUUUAAUUUUAAUUUCUCUGAAUUCAUGUACAGAAUUGACAUGAAAUCUGCUAUUUGAAUAGCUAACGUAAUAUUCUGACACAGAAAUGUUCAGGCGAAUUUUCUGCAUCUGUUUUAUUCGAUGAAAGUUGAUUUAUUGUUUAAACUAGAAAGUACAAAUGAUUCUUACCAUUUUUAUCGUAAGAUAUAGUGCAGAAUCCGGCACGAAUUAUCUGCUCUGGAAAUAUAAAACAGCGUCAGUACACGUAGUGGCAGAACGUUGAAACUGUUUACCAAAAUGAUUGACUGCUGGUAAUUCUGAGGGGUUUCGUAGUCUGGCAUCGAUGGCGCUAUUUGUUCAAGACCUCGGGAUUAAUUUAAUAGAUUUAAAUUAAUGAAUUUAAAUAUAUUAAAUAAAUUAAGAUUAAAAUUUAAUUUUUAUGGGUUUAUUAUCGUUACGUCAUCUGCAUCAAGCUAGAAAAUCGCCAGAAUUAUCAUCGGAGGAUGAUUUUGAUGAACAGCUCGAGUGAUUUUCCACGACGUGUCGCAAUCGGAACGCAAUUUUUUCAAAGAUUUGAAUUAGCAUAGAUUUCAACGACCUACUUAAAAAUAAUGCAUCUUGCUCACUGUAAUAAUUUCAUCGAAACACUUUGUUACGUAUCACAUGCAUCCUAUACCAUCGAUCAUGCGCAUCUUUUUGACUUUUGUAUUAUCUUUACCAUGUACUCCCAAAGAAAAAGAAUUACUGUCUUUUUUUUCUCGCGCUAUUCGAACCGACUUAAGGGAACAUAAUCAAGCAAUGCGUAGACUGCGGAUUUUAUGUAUUUAUGACAAAAAUUAAUUGAUGAAAUAUGAAAUAGUGAGAAGAUAGGAAGGAACAAAGAAUGUUGACGGACUAAUCUCAAUUUAUAAAGAACAAAAAUUCAAUUGAGAAAGAACAAAAAUUCCACUUGGCUCUCGUGUCUUGCAAUCGAUGCAGACAUUUUUUAUUUUGCAUAAAGAUCCGCAGUCUAGUAACGAACCCUGAAAUUCAUCGCUGUACCAAAAAAAAAGAUCGAAGUAUCAAUCCUUCAUUAAGCGAAGCCCAUAAUUAACGACGUUGCUCGUCGAGAAUCGAACAAUAGUCUUUCUCAAAGAAUAUUUUAUUAGUUAAACCGUGUUACAUCGUUUGUACAGUGUUAAUUGUACAAAUUAAUAUUCGUUUAUCGACACGUUUCGAGUACCUUGACCGAAAAAGUACUAAAACAUAUUUGUUAAAUCUCGCAAAAUACAUCGACACAUCCACCAUAAUUUCGCGACUACAUCACAUGCAAACAAUUCUUGGUCACCGGCGCGUACACAUCAAUAAAAUUCACACAUUGAUCGUGGAAGAAAGGGGUCGUUUGUGGGGGAGGGGUAGGAGUAGUGACCAUUCAACGAUUACACGUAACACUUUAUAUCGAUAUUUUCUUUCUACGAGCCGAAAUAAAUUCUGAUCGAAAUAAACGGAUGUUCCAUCGAACGUAAA